AAAUGUUUGAAAUAACAUAAAGAAAGAACAUCUAAAAACGCUACGGUAGUGAAAAGAAUAUAAAAUAGUGCGAGAAGUGCAACACUUAAACGAGAUAAGUUAAAAACAAAAGCGAAACGAGAAUUGAGUGAACGAGUUAAACUAGCAAGCACACAUACACAAACAAAAAAACACAGACCCACAAAUGGAACAGUUGAUUAAAUGUGUUAUUAUAUAUAUGAAAGAAUGUAUUUAUUUUAAUUUAUAUACACGAAGAAGAGCAGUCAAGCAAGAAAAACACAAAAGUAAACGGAAGAAAAUGUAUGAAAAAGCACGAGCAAAAGUGUGUGUAGUGGUUGCGUGUCGGCUAGAAAAGUAUAGCAAAACCGAAGAAGCAGUAGGAAAGAAAAGGAAAUGAUGGAACAGAGCAAACUGGACAGAGAACAAAAAUUGAGUGAAAAAGUAACAAGAAAAAACACAAGAAGAGAGAGAGAAGAAAAAACAAACAAACAAGUACUUAUAUUAAGACAAAACAAGUGAAACUGCUGCAGCGACAAAGGUGAAGGAAAUUAUUUCCAAGCGAAAAGAAAAAUGAAGCAAACCUAAAAAAAAGUAAAGUAGAAAAAUCUGGAGCGUCUUUAGUGUUUGGCCGUUUCGUUGAAAAGAUAUUGAGAAAUCAAAAAGCAAUUUCGUGGAAAUACUGAAUGCUUUCGUGGAGCAGGGAAUGCUUAUUGAUUUGAAGCAAUUGUUGUUUACGAGACAUUCAUAAGUAGAUACAUUGUACAGUUGAUGCAUGGCGUGAUUCAUUAUGACAACUUUUUGUAUGAAGUAACUUGUUGUAAGUUUCUUCUCAUCCGGAGUCUAUAAAAGGCGUUGUACUAAAUCCAGCUCGCUUAGUAACGGGCAUGGUAUUCACCCAGAUGGUUACGAUACAGCUUGUUACGGGCAGCGGUUUGCUUCUGCUGCUUGUAAGUAUUAAUUUGUCGUACGUCGAACCAUCCUGUACACUGCUGGACUUUCGUGGCCGGCCGAUCAAGCGUGCUGGAUACGUUCACAGUGCAUUAAACUACCUGCGAUACGACAGCUCGUUCUACACACCGUACAGCUUUUUCAACUCCACGCUAGGAUUAGACUGCGUGAAUAGCAACAUCACGUACAAAAAUCGUCGCUUGAGCAUCAUUUUGUACUGCCCGAUAGCGCCGGGUCCCGCUGACCAACAGUACAUCGAUGUCUUUCCGACCGACCCAAAGUUGAUUCGUUUAGCGCACAGGUGGAACGAUUGCCACAGUACCACGUACCGUUUGCAUUAUGACGAUGCGUCCCGCUCAUUUUACCUGAAGGCAACCAUGAAUACAGAGGACGGCAAUCGAACCAGCAUGUUUCUAGCCCAGAAGCAGUGGGCCGAUGCGGAGAUUGAGAAAAUGGAUAGUAAGUUCGAUGCACAGUACUCGUUUCAUCCCGGAGGUAAUUGCAGCUGUCGGUAUCGGCUGGAGAUGUUGGUUGCGUUUGACCGGUUGAAAAAUUGCAAUGGUUUGUUCGGCAAGACAAACCAUCCUGUUCUUCUUUCACUUAUUGCGAUGUUGAUAAUGCAACAGUGGACUAAAUAAAAUAAAUUGUGCUACUCAUGGAGAGUGUUAGACCGAUUUUAGUACAAUUUUAGUACAUAUUUAGUACAGCCU